AUGCGCACCAGCAGCCUGUGGUUGCUCUGGGCGGCGUCCUGCAACGCUGCUACUCUUUUCGCGGCAGACUCAGGUGGCAAUGUCACGACAUUAUCCCUUACAAAGCACAGGCAUGACUACGCGCUUUCUAUCAUCGGCAAGACCGCCGAUUGUGGGCCCAACCCUUCUUGGCUGACACUCGAUCGCCGAGACCGAGUGCUCUACUGCCUUGAUCGAGGUGCAAGCACUUCAACAUCCGGAUCUCUCAACUCUUUCUCUGUCGAUGGUGAUGGGUCUCUUAGCCGUGUGUCACGGGUUCAAGCGCCCCUUAGUGGUGUAGCCGGAGCGAUUGUCACUACGCCAUUGGGGGGACGGGGUUACGUGACCGCCUCAUACAAUCGAAGUGCGGCGUCCGUGAUCGCCCUUGGCAAGAAUGGAGCUCUCCCAGGGCCUGGGCCAUUACAGCUCAUCUUGCCCAACAUCACCGAAACCGGGCCAGUUGCUUCUCGACAGGACCGUAGCUACCUUCACCACGUCAUCAUUGACCCAACAAAUACAUACAUCGUCAUCCCUGAUCUCGGUGGAGAUCGAUGCCGUGUAUUUGCCUACGACAAGCACAACGUUGCGCCUAUCGUCGAGGUGGGAGAGCUUACGGCUGAGCCUGGCAGCGGACCGCGCCAUGGGUUUUUCCGAGUCAUGGCGAACGGAGAUACGUUCUUCUUCCACAACGGUGAACUCAGUCAGAAGGUGUAUUCCUACCGCGUCAAAUAUCAGAGAAAGGGUCUCAGCUUCACGCGUAUUUUUGACAUCCCUGCGCUAGAUGCUGGACUGCCUGCAACCACGGCCCCAGCAAGUGAGAUUGCCAUGAGUCCCGAUCAUCGUUUCCUUGUCGUGUCAAAUCGCGAAAAGUCCUUCAGCGCAUCGCCCCAAUUCGGGUCCGGGCCUUCAGACACGCUAUCUACAUUUGCCAUCAAGGAAGAUGGCACACUAAAACUCGUCCAGUUGACUCCAUCCGGCGGAUGGCUUCCUCGCCAAUUUUCCUUCAACAAGGCUGGAGACAAGAUUGCGGUAGGGCAUCAGGGCAAUCAGACAGUGGUUAUCUGGAAACGAGACGUCAAGUCUGGCAAGAUCAUUGCGGAGGACAAAGGUGGAAAGCUUGGCCAGAUCCAGCUGACUGGUCCAGUUGUAGCGACUAUUUGGGACGAAUAG